AUGCGGCCACAUUUGGCGCCACUCCCCGGAGCGACUUGUCGUAAUCCUCGUCUCCCUCGGAGGGCACCAUGCGGAGCGCGUAGCUUCGCGGUUGCAGCGCAAACAAAUCCGCUCCGAUACGAAACCCGCCGUCCUCAACUUUUUUCGCAACAGUUCCCGCAAAUACUACACAAGCGAUGCAUUACACAAAAUUAUCUUCAGCGCAUGAAGGAGGGAAGGGAGGAGUGGGCCCGAAAUGCAGAGGAGAUCAAGCAAGGGAAGAGAAAGAACUUCGCGGCCCACCUGGAGGAGCGAGGCCUAAUUCAUGAUGUUGUUGGAGAACGCGAAUUACUACACAAGGUAUUCACUGAGAAGAGAGCUGGUAUCUACGUUGGAAUCGACCCCACGGCGCCCUCGAUGCACGUUGGACAUAUGCUACCUUUCAUGGUGUUGGCCUGGGGAUAUGUCUGGGGAUUGCCGGUGACCUUCCUGCUGGGUGGUGCCACAUCCCGAGUUGGUGACCCAACCGGAAGGUUGAAGGGACGCGAACAAGUCCAUUCCUCGAUUCGCAAAGCAAACAUGGCUAGCAUGCACAUGCAACUGAAGAAGCUGGGCUCGAGUAUCGAGCAGUACAGCCGACGACACGGCUAUGAGAAGAAACCUAUUUGGAAGCGAGCAUUGGUUAACAACAAUACCUGGUGGAACUCGAUGCCAUUUAUUCAAGUUUUGCGGGAUUUGGGAGCAUUCAUGAGACUUGGUCCUAUGCUGGGCCGAGACACUGUUAAGACUCGACUGAACCAGGGAGACGGCAUGUCCUUUGCCGAGUUCUCCUACCCUCUCUUGCAGGCAUGGGAUUGGUGGACGUUAUUCCAGAAAGGUACUCAAGUGCAGGUUGGAGGAUCCGAUCAAUAUGGCAAUAUCUUGUUUGGAAUGGAUGCUGUGAAGGCGAUCAGCCGCAGUACGGCUGAUGAGCAACUACGCAACCCCCUGGAAUCGGAACUCGACCGGCCCAUCGGGUUCACCACCCCCCUCUUGACUGCGCCCUCUGGCGAGAAGUUUGGGAAAUCUGCGGGCAACGCGAUCUGGCUCGACAAGGACAUGACUUCCAGCUUCGAGCUUUACCAGUUUUUUGUUCGCACGGCUGAUGAUACCGUGGAGAAAUACCUGAAGUUGUUCACGUUCAUCCCCCUGCCCGAGAUUGCUACCAUUAUGGAAGAACAAAAUAAGGAUGCUUCGAAGCGGGUGGCUCAGCAUAAAUUGGCCUACGAAUUCGUGGAGCUGGUCCACGGCAAAGAAGAGGCGGAUGCCGUCUCGCUCCAGCACCGCCAGCUGUUUCGGCCCCGAUCUUCAACUGGCGAACCUUCCCCCAUGCCUCGGACAGCAAGUCCUCCUGCAAGCCACGCGCAAUCGUCUACCUCUGGCUUCGUCACCCCUCAGUCUGGAAACCCGUAUGCGUCCCAGACCAACUUCGCGAAUAUGCCUAAUGCCCGGGUUAUCCUUCCAAAAUCCUUGGUUUACAACCAGUCAUUCAACAAGAUUCUUUGGUCGGCUGGUCUGGUAUCUUCUAAGGGUGAGGGCCACCGUGUCAUUAUAAACAACGGUGCGUAUGUGGGUAGCCGUCCUGGAGACAGCGGACCCAUGUCGGACGAUCUUGCCUUUACUCCUAUCCGCCCCUGGCCUUCCGAGAAGACUCAGGAAUACAUUAUUGGCGACAACCUUCUAAUGCUCAAGCUUGGCAAGUGGAAGUUCAAGAUGGUUGAAAUUGUCAGCGACGAGGACUUCCGUGCGAAAGGACUGACAGCUCCGGGAUGGGAGGAGGCCUCGGAGUCGGAUGACUCGACUUGA